UUAGGCCUACUAUCAGAAGAGCUUUUGCAUGAUUGUCAGUGAGACGGAGAGCAUUAUAAUAUACCUUGAGCUCAGCUAUGAAGAUGGAUCUAAAUGCCAUAAUAGAAAAAAUGGAAACCGGCGAUCAGGAUGCUGCACUCCUAGCGCUGCAGACUUAUAAUAAGGAGAAGAGCCAGUGCUUCACAUUUGACAGAAAUGACCAAGAGGAGAGACAGCACCUGGGCGAGCUGGUGCUGGGCUAUCUGGAGCGCGAGCUGCAACCGUCCUGCCAGCUGGCCUGUCUGGAGACCAUCCGCAUCCUGUCCCGCGACAAGACCUGCCUGGCCCCCUUCAGCAGCCGCGCCGCCAUGGAGACCCUGGCCCAGCACGCCGCGCUCCUGCCGCACCCGGGCCAGGCCUCGCCCGAGAGCCCCGACCUGGAGCGCAUCGUGGAGGCGCUCAAGUGCCUGUGCAACAUGGUGCUGAACUGCGAGGCGGCGCAGGCGCUGGGGGCGGAGCUGCAGCUGGUGGUGGGGGUGACGGAGCGGCUGAAGCAGUGCCGCGAGCCGCACUGGACGCACGAGGUGCGCUUCUUCGACCUGCGGCUGGUCUUCAUGCUGAGCGCCAUCCGCAUGGACGUGCGGCUGCAGCUGCAGCAGGAGCUGCGCGGGGUCAGCCUGCUGGCCGAGGCGCUGGACGCCGUGCUGGGCGUCUGCUGGCCCGACACCUACGAGGUGGCCCGCGCCGGGGUCGCCGAGGGCGACCAGCUGCCCCCGUUCAGCCGCGAGGUGACCGACUGUGCCAUGGAGAUCCUCAAGAUCCUCUUCAACAUCACCUACGACACCAACCAGCGGCAGGUGGAUGAGGAAGAGGCUGCCAUGUACAGACACCUGGGGGCCAUCUUGAGACACUGUCUCAUGAGUGUAUCAGACAGCGACGACCGCACAGAGGAGUUCCACAGCCACACCUGUAAUCUUCUAGGAAAUUUGCCACUGCCCUGCCUGGAUGUACUCAUACUGCCCAAAGUGCAGGCCGCCUCUAUUGACUACAUGGGGGUCAACAUGGAUGCGGUCCACAUGCUCCUGGAGCUGAUGGAGAAGAGGCUGGACAGGGGGAAGAAGAUGAAGGAGAGCCUGCUCCCCACCUUGAACCUCCUGACAGAAAGCUCCCGCAUCCACAGAGUGACCAGGAAGUUCCUGAGGAUGAUAGUGCUGCCCCCACUGAGGGACGUGAAGACUCGGCCAGAGGUCGGGAACAAGCUGCGGAACAAGCUGGUGCGCCUGAUGACGCACAUAGACACGGACGUCAAGCACUGCGCCGCCGAGUUCCUUUUCGUGCUCUGUAAAGAAAGCGUGUCACGCUUCAUCAAGUACACGGGUUAUGGCAAUGCGGCGGGGCUCCUAGCAGCGCGAGGGCUGAUGCGUGGGGGACAGAUCCCUGGACAUUACUCUGAGGACGAGGACAGUGAAACGGAGGAGUACAAAGAGGCCAAAUCCCAAAUUAACCCGGUUACAGGCCGGGUGGAGGAGGAGCAGCCUAAUCCUAUGGAGGGGAUGACGGAAGAGCAGAAGGAGCUAGAGGCCAUGAAGCUGGUCAACAUGUUUGACAAGCUCUCCAGGAAAAGUGUGAUUCAGCCUAUGAAGCUUGGUCCAGAUGGGACGAUGACCAAACUGGAUGCAGAGGACUUGAAAAAGUUGUCUCAGCAACAGCAAGGACAGAUUACUCAGCCUGAGAGCGACGAGGACGUUGAGUAAAGCCACACUGAGAUACGGUGAUGGUCCCUCUAGUGCAGGGGACCCAGGGAUCAGACUCAUCAUCCAUGCCCAUAACACCAAUGUAAUCACACAAGACACCUAAUCAUACCCACCCUCACCCCCAGGACUGAGACAAAACGCCUGGCAAUGUUUAAGUGGCAGUCUUCUCUUGUGCCAGGAUGUGUGUGUGCACGUGUGUGUGCAAUGGGGUGUAAAAGGGAAAACACUGGUCAACCAGUGAAAUAGUUCAAAAGCCAUCAGAUGGUAUGUAGUGCAGUUUGAGGUGGGAAACAGUUAGUGCAGACAUGGUGGUUCUAGACCAUAUUUGCUCCACAGCUUAAUGUGCUAUUUCAGCAUGUUGGGCUGCAGUCCAAGACACGGGUCAUAUUCUCACAUUUGUCAAUAUUGUUGUGCAUCUCAUCAAGCUUUCCUAGACAUACUUAAACAAUAUAAUAGAAGGUGUCUGAAGGUGUCUGAAGGUGUCUAGAAAUAAGGUGCCUGGAGGACUCUGGAGGAUGACUUGCAAUUUGACCAUUUUAACAUUAGAAUAAUUUAUUCAAAUUGCUAUUGCCAUGCUCUAACCAAACCUCAUUCCACAGCCUGCUGAAACCCGAAUGCAAAAGCACUUUUAAGAGCAAAGAAAAGAACAGUGUGUGAGACGAGAGCAUGUUGUGAGAGCAUGAGGAGAUGUAUUGUUCAUAUAGUUGCUAUGUUACAGGUAAAUAUAUAGUUUAUAACCAUAUUUAAGUUAAACAUAAAAAAAUGCAUAUUCAUUCAUCUUUAUUUAAAAUAUCAUACAGGCCAGUGGUUUUUGUUUCUCUUUAUGUUGCUCUUAUAAGUCAAUUGGAUUGUAAUUAAAUGUACCGUUGUGUAUGAAGUUAAGUUUGAAACAUUCAAAAUGUAGUUAGAGAUAGCUUAAGAAUUUGAAGAAAUAACUGUUCAGACAUAAUGUCAGAAACAUGUAUGCUGUAUGUUGGCAAUAGCAUGCUAAUAUGCUAACUGCGCCGGCCCAUCCUCUCUCCUAGUACCACGUUGUACCUCAGGAGCUGAUAAGGACUCACUGUUGCACGCAAAGCAAGAGUGCCCUCAUGGCCAAUAUGGUGUGUUCAAGAUCAAUUGGAUCAUAUAGCCUAUACCUAUACAGAGCUCCUUUAACAAAAAUGAAUGUGAAAGAAUGUCCUGUGUCUGGUGUUGAUUACUGAUUUGCAUACAUGGCAGAAUUUGCUCACUUCUGCUGUUAGAAAGCACGUGUCGUGUCUGUGUGUGUACACAGGAAACGCAUAACGAGGUAACACAAGAUCAUUUAACAUAUUGUUAUGCUGACAAUCAGUCUAAGCCUGUUGGGUUUCUGUGGUAUGGGUUAAAUCUGUCUUUUUUAAGCAGAUGUUUACAGAUGGCAUCUAACCAGAAGCUGUUGAGAUGUUCCAGAAAUAUUUUAUGAUUUUCUUGGACAGAGACACUUUGUAAUUGAGUAGCCUAUAUUCCAUAUCAAUAUAAAUAUGGAAUGGUAUAAAACAUUUAUGAGAAAUCUAUGACAAUAUUUUCUAAUAACUAGCAAACCAUUCACUUGUAGAUGGCUUAUGUGCUCUUGCAGCCAGAAUGUCUGAAAUGCUUCAAUAAGCUAGUACCUACUGUACAUGUUGUUUUAUUGUUAAUAUUACAAAGAUAACCAAGUAAAUAUGAUACCUCCCACAGCUUCACAGUUCAGAAACUAUGUCUAAUGAUGUAGAUGAGCUGGUCAAGUCAUGCCAUUGCUUCCAGCAUCAGGUUAAGUAUACCCUUGUUAUUUUGCCAGGAUAUGACAAAAUAGUCACACCAUUCAUUGGGUGGUUAUGUGUCUUGUGUCAGGCACACUCUCUGUCCAUUCAUUUUUAUUUCAUUGUAGGUGGCUAACUGUGGACAGAAUUGUACAUUGUAAAUGCCGGUCAGAUAUAUUGAUAUAAAUAAUACAUUGAAUUCAUAUAUUGUACUGUAUAAUGUGGUAUAAUGUGAGAUCAAUAAAAUAGUU